AUGGUGAAACACUGUCUCUACUAAAAAUAUAUAAUUUAGCUGGUAAUGGUGGCCCGUGCCUGUAAUCCCUGCUACUUGGGAGGCUGAGGCAAGAGAAUCGUUUACACCCAGGAGACGGCGGUUGCACUGAGUCACUGCACUCCAGCCUGGGUGACCGAAUGAGACGCUGUCUCAAAAUAUGUAUAUACUGGCCAGGAGUGGUGGCUCAGGCCUAUAUUCCCAGCACUUUAUAGGCUGGAGGAGGAGGAUUGCUUGAGUCCAGGAGUUUGAGGCUGCAGUGAGCUAUGAUCAUGCCAUUGCACUCUGGUGACAGGGUAAGACCCUGUCUUAAACAACAACAUAACCAGAGCAGGCAGAAACCUCUUGGGAGCACACUUUCCUGUAGGUGAUCCCUGAGUCUGCAUCAGUUUCUCUUUUCCUCCAGUUGCUCACCUGGCUCACGGGCCCCGCCCUGCCCUGGGCUUUCCCAACCUGGGGCUCCCCUGGUGGCCGGUUUCUUACCUGAAGGCUGUGUUUUCACUUUUCCUACAUCAGCUGGGGCUGCCCUUCUGUCCGGGAUAAAAGCUGCCCCAUGGAGCUCAGGCAGCAAUCACAUCCCAGACAGAGCUCGAAAUUGAUAGAAAGAGUCAAGGCCAGUACACAGGCUGAGAUCUGGAAGAGGAGACUGAAAACAACAGAGACUCCAAAGAAGACCCAGAGAGACCCCGGGUGACAGCCUCAGAGUGGUCCUUCUGCUGACGAAGCCCAGAGAUCAGGAAUGAAACAAGGCAUGAGUGGGGGCUGCAUGGCAGUGCUGGUGCUGAUGGCCGCAGUGCUGACCGUCACUGGAGCAGUUCCUGUGACCAGGCCCCUCGGGGCCCUCCCGGAUGCAAGGGGCUGCCACAUAGCCCAGUUCAAGUCCCUGUCCCCACAGGAGCUGCAGGCCUUUAAGAGGGCCAAAGAUGCCUUAGAAGAGUCACUUCUGCUGAAGGACUGCAGGUGCCGCUCCCGCCUCUUCCCCAGGACCUGGGACCUGAGGCAGCUGCAGGUGAGGGAGCGCCUCGUGGCCUUGGAGGCUGAGCUGGCCCUGACGCUGGAGGUUCUGGAGGCCACCGCUGACAAUGACACGGCCUUGGGGGACGUCCUCGACCAGCCCCUUCACACCCUGCACCACGUCCUCUCCCAGCUCCGGGCCUGUGUCCAGCCUCAGCCCACGGCGAGGCCCAGGCCCCGGGGCCGCCUCCACCACUGGCUGCACCGGCUACAGGAGGCCUCGAAAAAGGAGUCCCCUGGCUGCCUCGAGGCCUCUGUCACCUUCAACCUCUUCCGCCUCCUCACUCGGGACCUGAAAUGCGUCGCCAGCGGGGACCUGUGUGUCUGACCUUCCCACCUCCCUGCCACCCAUCAUGGAAUCUAAGAUUUUAUUUAUACAUCAACCACUUGUCUUAAUUUAUUGCCACCCAAUUGCUAUUUAUGUAUUUGUGUGUGUAAACCCAACUCGCCUCUGGGAAAAUGUUUAUUUUUCUACUUUUUAUAACCCUUGUUGAAAUAAAGAGUGAGGAAAAGGCA